AUGAAACAUCUGCGUCAGCCAGUUCCACCCUCUGGACCAAGCUACAGCAAGGAACAGACACAGCAGGAACUACUGUAUCUGGAUAUGGAAAUCGACUACAACAAGGAAUCAACAAUAUUACGGAACGGUAUCUUCAGGGUAAGAAGGGGUGAAUCCCAGGAACCACGUCAUAUCAGUAUGUCGAAGAAAAGGUCGAUCUCUGCUUCUUAUGUAUUACAUAGCGGAACCACAAGCCCAAAAAUGACGGACAAAGAAAACAUCAAUAUUGACACCGAGGAUGAAAUGGCUUCCAAAGUUUUAGCUCUUCCUGAUGUUACCCACAGAUCAACACCGGAUCCCAUUAGCAAUUUGAUCAAAAAUAGCAUAGAAGCCAAACUGUAUACACAGUUACGUACUACAACUGCCUCUGACCACACUGAGAAGGACAAGGAUGGGGAAGACUUGGAUAUGGCCAUUCGCGAAGGCAAUGCUGACUUGGGCGUCGUCACCGGAAGUCCGUCACAGGGGGACCACUUGAUUACGUCUCAGGGAGAGACUCACAAUGUACAGAUAGAAGCUUUUGAGAGACCAGCUAAGUCCGGUGACUCUCAACUGCCACUGCCAACACUACAGUACUCGCCCAAUGGACCAGGGGAAUACGGAACACCAGUCACAGUGGACUAUGACAAACUCUCUGAGCGGCGCAGACUGCAAUACGCGGAGGGUUACAAACAGAACCACUUUAACCAGUUCGUGAGUGACAUGGUCUCUGUGAGACGACGGCUGUUGGACGACAGACUGACAAGUUGCAGGACAAAGUUCUACCCGGUUAAGUUACCGGAAGUCAGUGUCAUCAUAUCAUUCCAUAACGAGGCUUGGUCAACACUCCUCCGGUCAGUUCACAGCAUACUGGACAGAUCGCCACCGGAACUACUGAGGGAGAUCAUUCUUGUGGAUGACCUAUCCGAUAAAAGUUAUCUGAAGACCCCACUAGAAGAACACAUUGCACCUCUCGUCAAGGUCCAACUUAUCCGCACGAAAACGAGACAGGGAGUGGCACGUGCUCGGCUCGUUGGUUACUCCGUUGCGCGAGCGCCAGUCCUGAUCUUCAUGGAUUCACACACUGAAUGUUUCCCAGGUUGGCUUGAACCAUUGUUGGAGGGAAUAUCACUUGACUCCACAACAGUUACAUUCCCGGUGAUAACUCCUAUUGAUGCCCAUGACUUUAGUUCCCGGACAUCUUUGCCUACACAUCGAGGUGGCUUUCGUUGGGAAGGCCUGAGGUUCAUGUGGGAUGCCAUUCCUGCCCAUCAACAGAACAGAACAGAGACUGAUCCGAUAAGAUCCCCCACCAUCCCGGGGGGUGUAUUUGCCAUCGACAAGGACUUCUUUGAACAGCUCGGAGGUUUUGAUCCUGGGAUGAUGUUUUGGGGAGGGAAAACCUGGAACUCUCCUUUAAGGUUUGGAUGUGCAAUGGUAGUGUACACCUGCUGCCAUGUUCACAAGUUGGUCACGUGUUCCGGGAACUCCAACCCUGUCGCGUGGCCCAACAGACAGGACGCCGCUAACGUGAACUCUGCGAGAGUAGCUGAAGUGUGGAUGGAUGAUUAUAAGAACUAUCUGCUUGGUGCAUCUUUCUUGAAACCGGACAAUUAUGGUGACAUAUCCUCACGUCAAGCUCUGAGGCAGCGCCUUCGCUGUCACGACUUCCACUGGUACAUGCGCAACGUCUACCCGGAAAAACACGUAGCAUCUGGAGAGCUAAGACCAACAGGUUCCGGUCUGUGCAUGACAAGCCUGGAUGGAGAGAGCGGAAGACUCCAACUGAGGCCGUGUCAUGGACAGGGUGAGAACCAGCUGUGGCAAGUGACCCUACAGGAGACUUCCAACAGAAUAACAUAUCCGUCUGUACAUCGGACAUGACCAGCCUCCAUCUGCAGCGGACAUGCGCAGACAGACACAACUGGGAAUACAGGGAGGACGGUACAAUGUACCAUCGAUUGCUCCAGCUCUGUCUCCAAGCCAACCCAGAUGGCUCAGCUGAAAUUACAAUCUGCGAUUCGUCUUCCUCGCAGCAGUGGAACAUGACGCGGACAUAGUUGUUCACACUGCCUGGCAGUGGGAUCAUGAUGUUAACAUAGGUAUUCACACGGCCUCGUAGUCAGACAUGACGUGGACUUCCAACUGCCUGGCGGUGGAAUCAUGAUGUUAACAUAAGUAUUCACACGGCCUCGUAGUCAGACAUGACGUGGACUUCCAACUGCCUGGCAGUCGGAUCAUGGUGUUAACAUAUGUCUUCACACAGCCUGUCAGCGAGACAUGACACGUACAUAGUCUUCACAUUGUUUGACAGUGGAAUCAUGAUGCGGACAUAGGGCUUCACACUGCUUAGCGAACCUACGAGACCGUUACAGUUUCGGCCUGAAUGAAACGAGUAAAAUCAUGUGCAUUUGUUUGCAUUUCCUUCUUAUAAAUAUAUGGCUUUCAAAUGAAUUAUACCCGGUGUGAAUUUGUGCAAAUGUUUUAUUUGAUUAAUUACAGGUGAAUUGUGAGUAGUUGCAAUUUUGAUGAAUUAUGCUUGGCUAUUUCUUGUAUUACGUGUGUUGAUUCGUAUCAUCAGUGGUAAUUAUCACAAUAUCUACAGAUGUCUAAUCAAAGAACGGUCUAUCCUCUUUGAUCGUUAACCGUGCUUAAUAAAAACAUACUUCUUAACAAAUCA